UUACCUGGCUGAAUUCUACUCACAAGGACCCUGCACCCAGAGGCACUAUGGAGAAAUGCCUUUAAAAUAAGUUUGUUUUAAUUAAGGGAAUAUCAGAAGAAACCAAAAGCCAUCUGGACUAGUUCCUGAAUGAGAUUUUUCUUCCUGUUUGCAGUUGUUUUGAAGGAGGAUACUGUCUGGAUCAGUCUGUCUCCCUGCAGCUUUGAGCGUCUCCAUUUCUUCCAGUGUGGGAGAGAGAUCUUAGAGAUGGCUUGCACUGUCAGAAUUAAAAUGUGCUGGUUUCAAGGAAAUAGCCUGCAUAUUGCCAAAUCCUCCUUAGGACUCUUGCGAAAUCUCUCUGCCUCUAACACAGCGCUGCCUGUGCUGACCUUAUUCACAAAGGAUCCAUGCCCACUUUGUGAUGAAGCCAAAGAAGUACUCAAGCCUUAUAAAGACAGGUUUAUUUUACAGGAGGUGGACAUCACACUUCCAGAAAAUUCUACAUGGUAUGAAAGGUAUAAAUUUGACAUCCCCGUUUUCCAUUUGAAUGGCCAGUUUCUGAUGAUGCAUCGAGUCAAUACCUCAAAGCUUGAAAAACAGCUUCUGAAACUUGAGCAGCAGGUGCUGGAGACAAACUGACAUCUCAUGAUUUUCACCCUUACUAUCAUAAGGCAUCUGCCUGAGCGUAUGACCAGGAUCUCGGAUUUCCUUGCCACUUUCACCAGAGCACUUACAAGGGUAUCACAUGAAUAUUUUCCAUUACUCUUCUGGUUGAUGCAGUACCAUGUGAGAACAGUUUGCUUACAGGCAUUUUGUGAACUAAGAGGACUGCAUUGUAGGGAGGGGGAAGCUGUAGGGAGGAAGAAAUCUAGUUGUUGAGUUAAUUUUUCUCUCUUUUUUUUUGUGACUGCAGACAGUACUGGACAGUGCCAAUAUAAAGCAGGCCCCACAGUCCUGCUGCUAAGCAGCUCUGGAACCUAAAUUUAGUGGAGUAAAUGUCCUUCCACUCACUAAAGUGGAAUGUGAAUUGUUAAUAACUGUGCAUAGUCAAUAAAGGGAUGUUUUAAUGAAUACAUCUGCAUGCAGCCCAUUUCAGUAGAAUUUAACAAUACCUGUUUAAAAUUAGCGUUCACUUUUGUUGAGCAGAGUAGAAUAAUUAUCCUAGCCAAAAAGGCUUCACUUUCAGAAAGACAAAAGAGACUUAAACCUCCAGUAUGUGUAUAACAGUCUCAGCUGUACAUGUCACCAUGGAAUUGAUGUGUAAUACUGAGGACUGUCUUAAGUUAUCAUCAAUUAAGUUAAUUCCACUAAUUAUAAGAUAGUAACUGUCAAAUUUUUGUAUCUUUGGAAAAUUCAUUUUAAUCAUAACUGAACAUAUGUACCAUCUAAACCUAAAGUACAUUUUAUAUAAAGUGUUAGAGAUGUGAUUUUGUACCUUAUUUAUAUUUUGUCAGAUUUGGCAAACAUCAGAAUGGAAUCACUUAAAAACAAAACUGUCUUUUUCUCUUAAAUCACGUCCCUAUAAAGUUCUGCUGUGAACUGUUUGGAUAUUAUAAGCCACGAAAUCUAUAAGUGCUCAAUGUGAUUUAGUCUUAGAAUUAUAGAAUAUUGCAGCCCACCAGCAUUAGACAUUGUCCUUAUAUUAUAUAUGAGAAAGAAUGUAGAGUUCAGGAAGAUGGAGGGACUUGGUCCAUAGUCACCUAGCCGCUGGGCUAUGUCUUGCCUAGAACCCUGGCAUUUCUAAUGUUCUCUGGACUUCUGUAGUGGUUCAAAUACAGCAACUCCAGCCACUGUGGGUUCAACACAGAGUAAGUCCUCCAAAGUUACUAUUAAAAAAAAAAGCGCCUUUUAGUGGCUGGAGAGAUGGUUCACUGGUUAAGAGCAUUUGUGGCUCAUCCAGAGGACCCAGGUUCAUUUUCCAGUACCCACAUAUUGGUUCACAAGCAUUCAUAACUCCAACAGGCACACACGUGGUGCAUGUCCAUGUAUGCAAUCAAAUAUACAUAAUACCUAGAGUAAAACAAAUAAGUCUAAAAGAUUAAAAUUUAAAAGCCUUAUAACUGAAUAGAAGUGCUCAUAGUUUAUACAUGCUGAUACUAUAUUCAUUGAGCCCUGUGGUACACAAACUUCUAGAAUUACCCUAGUGUCCUCACCCUUGUAUAACUCCCUCCUCUAUGAGUGUGGGUAGAAACGUUUUUGGUGUAGCUAUGUUAUAUUAAAUGGCAAAGGAGGAGGGGUUCAGAGAAGUCAAAGAGGUCAUUUCUAGAUAACCUAGAAGCAAAAAAAAUAUCUGUCUUGUGAACUGCCUGUUUGGGUCCGCAUAGCAAGAAACUGGGGGAAGUCUCUAGGAAGUAAAUAGUUCUUGGGACAAAACCAACAGGAAAAUGGAAACAUUAGUCAUAACUUCAAGGAAGUGAGUUCUGCCACUAAUCAAUGAGCUCAGAGAAUCUCUAACCCUGAGUAAGAACUGCUGCCCUAGACAGUGAGUUUCUGAUCAGAGAAUUCAAAUACUUCAAGCCAGACCCUCAAACAGUAGGUUUGGACAUAAAGCCUGGAAUUUGGCUCCUCUGAAGCAAUAUUCUGCUUAGUAUUACCAUGUGGUCAUGGUAUCUAGGAAGUGCAGAGACUAAAGGUAAAAGAGUGCUUCAUCAGAAUAGUUUCAACGGUAAACGUUUUUUUUUUUUUUUAAACAAAAAUUCUACAAUGUUGCUGGAUGCAGUGGUACACACCUUUAUUUCCAGCACUCGGGAAGCAAAGCAGGCAAACCCCUCUUGAGUCCAAGGCCAGCCUCUACAUCGUGAGCUCCAGUCUAGCCAGAGCUACAUAGUAAGACCCUUUGUCAAAAAAAGUACUUACUUAGAAGAUAUUCAAACUAAGGUAUUGGCUAAGACAUUUUUAAAAAUUAUUGAAUGCCAUUAAAGUCAUUAUUGAAUGUCCAGAAACUAUUAGAUCACAUCAAGAAUUGUGGGAAAUUGAGGAGAGGCUAUUGAGAGGGUUGGAAAAAAAAAAAGUUAAAAAAAAAUCGGCUGUCACUUAGUUUCCAUUAAAUUAAAUGUAUGGGGUCAUCUUCUAGCAAGAGAGAGGGCUGUGAGAGUAUCAGAAAGCUGGAUGUAUGUCCUGAAUGAGAAUACAGUGGUCUAUGUUUUAGGCAGUCAUUUGAGACAAGGGCAAGCAUCUUUGCUGUCAUGAAGGAGCUAUAAUUUUGUUUGUUCAGAGAAGUGUGAUUGUCUGUCUUCCCUGACCAAAUGUGGACCAAGCAUAAAAGAACUCUGGUAUAAGAUACCUUUUGUAUAAAAUUAAUUAUAUAUGUUUUAGUAUAUAUUAUUUUAUGAUAGAUUUUAUUUUUUAUGAUAGAUUCUAUUUUAUAAUAGAAUAUUAUAAGCUCACUAUAGCUAUUCCAUAUUCUGAGCAUUGAUUAUGUAGGCCUAAUGUUUUUUUACUUAUAAAUUUCAACAAAUUUACUUUUCAUUUGAAAGAGAGUUGGUUAUGUGAUAAAGAUUCCUAGAAAUCUUCAGCAAUCCUUCUGGUCCUCUUAGCUGGUAAAGAGAAAGGCACAUACCUAGAAAUGUGGUUUCUAAAGGGCAAUUUGAUUAUGCCACUUGACUAGUAUCAGAAUGCCUCUUGCAGUCAUUUUCCUGUAAUAUUUGUAGCAGAAGGUACUUGUCUGAAAUUAUGUUCACAGAAUUAUUUGUUCUUAUGUAAAGAUUUAUACCAUAAGCUCACAUAUACCCCCAUAGUGAUGCAGCCUUCCUUUUUUCUCUCUUUAACUAAGACUUUAAGAAGGAUCAGGAGGAACACGGAGUUUGGGUCUUGGUGCUUUCGAAUAGUCAUGCAGUCUCUUCCUCACAGAUCCUUCAUUGCAAUGUUGUAAGAACUUACUGGAGUACUGUUUGGACAGUUCAUUUGAAAAAACAGAACUCACUUAUGAGAGGGUUUUGGGUUGGUUUUGGUUUAAUAAUGUAACGACUUCAUGGGCAUCUACAACAGAAAUUACAAUGCAGCGUGCUGUUAUAAACCAUGGGAGGCAGAUACCGCUGCCCCCUCACAGUGCCCUGGCUCCCUUUUCUUUCAUUCUCUCUAGGCUCUCAGCUCCCCUGCUCAUACACUCUAUCUCCUUUUGCAAAGCUGCAGCCUGCCCAUGCCCAUAAUUCCUUCUGAGAUUUCUAUUCAGCAGUUCAAUACUCUGAGCGACUUAUGGCCAACUCCUUUCAGCUUCUCUAUUUUGAAAUCUCAGUAGAAAUGUUACUCAUUUUUAAAACAGCCACCAAAAUUGUAAGAUGGGUGAAUGAAACUAUGGGAGAAGCCACCUUUGAGACAGGCCAGUCUGGUGACCAAGGUCAUGUAGCAUGCAGAUCACAAUCAUAGUCCUGUCCAUUGAUCAGAGAAUGGAAGCAGGACAGGCAAUAGUGAUCAGUAACUGGCAUUCAUGCGAGACAUUUAAGAUUUGUUUUGGUAUACUCAUCAAAAGUCAAGAGGGACAGUGAGGUAAGUUUAUAAACCACUUUGUGGAAACAUUUGAACUGUAAUGUUCAGCAAAAAAUAUUAUCAAGAGCUUAAUAUUUGGCUGUUUGGAUUGUUGGAAAGGUGGGAGAAGUUUGAGAAACAUAGCUACAAGGGCUCGGUGGCUGGCCAGUGUUUGGGGUUUGGCUGUUGGAUAAAACCUGGUUUUAUUACCUGUUCCCUGAGACAGAAGGUAGAUGAGAAAGUUGGGUUUUGGUUGUGUUUGAUGGCUAGGGAAAAUGAAACAUGGUGAAUUUGCCAUACUGCAGGACAUCCAGGUACAGAUUGCAAUCCAGAGUGCAAACUGUAGGUCUAGGUUUGAAGUUCAGAUUUAAGAGCCACAGGGGUCUGGUUGGAAUUUCAUCCACUUGUCAUAUUAUGAGGGAAGUGAGUGGGUAAGUCAUGGAGUAUACACAAAAAUAGAGGCAUUUGCCAGGGAUGAAUGAGAGAUGACAGAACUGGAAACGGUAGGAGCUCAUCCAUUUUCUGUUAUGUGAUAGGUAUGAUUUGAUAACACCAGCAACUAUUUCAAGCACCGGGGCUAGCACACCAAACCUGAUACAGAAGUCCUUCUCCCAGGGGCUUGUAGUCAAGAAGGAAAAGUACCACAUCAGUGGAAACACAACUGUCUCCUCAGAAGAGGGCCUUUCCCACAGUACCAAUAGCUUUAAAUAUCAAGAAAUUUAGGACAGGGACUGAAGAAACUUCAGAUUUGAAAUGAGGAAAUUAGUGCUACCAUAAACCAAAUAUUCCCCAAGAUAUUUGGGUCCUUCUUCCCGGACUUGGGAAUGUUACUUAUAGUGAGAAGGAAGUGUGGUGACUCUUAUCAUGGAGAAAUCCUAUUAUCCACACUUAAUAUCAUGUCUCUAUAAGAGGGAGAUGGGAGAUUUGCUUGUAGAAAAGAAUGGAAAUGAGGCAAUAGAAGCAAGAGGUUACCCUGAUACAAGAAAGAAGUCAUAAGCGUAGGAAUCUUAGUGACUUCUGGAUGGUAGAAAAUGCAAAAGGUCAACAGUAGUCCCCUGGAACAGUGGUUCUCAACCUGGGGGUCAUGACCACUUUGACAGGGUUGCCUAAGACCAUCAAGAAGCACAGAUAUUUGCAUUAUGGUUCAUAACACUAGCAAAAAUAUUAUGAAGUAGCAACAAAAUAAUUUUAUGGGUGAGGGUCACCAUAACAUGAGGAACUGUAUUAAAGGGUCACAGUGUUACAGGUUGAGAAUCACUAAUAUAAAGCCUUCAGUGUGAACAUCCUUGAUGACACUUCGGAACCAUUGCAAGUUAUUUUUGACUUCUAGAUUACAGAAGUGGUUUGAAUGAAAAACGUCCAUGGGCUCAUGUAUUCGGUGGUGCUGUUUGGGAAGUAAUGGGACCUUUAGGUGCAGCCUUGUUAGAGGAGGUAUAUCACUGAGGGAAGGUGGUGGGGAGGGUGUUACAGCCUUGUUCUACUUUGUACUUGCACUCUUUCUGCUUCCUGUAUGUGUUUGAGAUGUGAGCUCUCAGCUUCCUACUCUAGCUGCCUGCUGUCAUGUCUUCCACACCAUGUGGAUAACCCUCUGGGACCGUAAUCCAAAAGAAACUUUUCUGUAAGUUGUUUGGGGUCAUAGUAUGUUAUCACAGCAAUAAAAAAAAAAGUAAUAAGCAUUA